AGGACACAAACGUGACGAGGCAGCAGAGGAGCUGUUACGCAACCAUUGACCUACUAACACAUAUUUCUAGAAAGGCAGCAGCACAAAGUAGAGCAAAGUGUCCGACACCACACAACACCGGGGCGGCCUGAGCCAAGACACGGAAAGUGGACACACACGGACACACAAAAUCGACUUAGCCGAGCGCCGAGAGCUUAGAAAUAGCAACUUUUUUUUUUAUCCUGUGGAGCUUUUUGUCUACGGAGAAGGAGGAAACGGCAGCGAGACAGCUUUUGUGUCGGGGAAGCCUGAACGUUGUGUUCCCCUCCUCCACCAUAUCGAAGUACCUCCAUCGUGCAGCAGCACUGACGCUGGAUCCUCAGGGAGCUAAGAAGUAGACAUCCUGACCUACAUCUCCUCUGCAAGACACUGUGAGGAGCUGACGAGCUUCUAAGCUGUCUAAGAACAUUUUGAGAAGACGUCUAUAUAAACUCCAGUUCACCUCCUGAAGGACCCCAGAGACUAGUUGUGUGUGUGUGGCGAUACAACCUUUGGAACUCCAAAUAUAAAAGUUUAUUUUUCUUAGCUUUUUUGUUGAAGUCUAGUUCAAUGUCUAAAAUGUUCAUGGAAGUCCAUCUUUUUUUAAUCUUCUUGGCAAAUUUGGAUACUUGAGCAUUGCAAUCGAGAAAAAGAAUUGGCAUAAACGCAUAAAUAUCAAUGAGGCUGUCUUUCAGAAGUACACAUAUACCUCAUUUUGAAGUUUUUGCUGGUCCCACAACAUAAGUUGAAACGCUCUUUAUAACAAAACUUUUUGCUAUUCCUGUUUUUUCCGUUUCGUCACCUUGCUGGAGUUUCACUCUGGCCCUACUUGGGCAAAAAUGGAAAACCAGAGUCUACACCACCCAUCAGCCAGCACCAACAACGCCAUGGAAGUGGACACUUAUACUACCUACAGCAAUGGCCUCCCAUCCCCUGCUCCCGAGGGCGGGGCGCGGGCCAGCCGCCCGAGUAAAGGUUCCAAGCCCACUGUGACGUCUCGUCGCAAGCGGGAGUUCAUCUCCGAUGAGAAAAAGGAUGAUUCGUACUGGGAAAAACGGAGGAAGAAUAACGAAGCGGCGAAACGUUCGCGGGAGAAGCGGCGCCUAAAUGACAUGGUCCUGGAGAACCGUGUCAUGGCCCUGAACGAGGAGAAUGUACGUCUAAAAACGGAACUACUUCAGCUCAAGUUGCGCUUCGGCCUCAUCAGCACCGCGUCCUACGUGGAGAAAAGCCAGCAGAUCUCCAGCGGCGCUGCCGGCGGGAACGCGAGUAGCAAUCUGAGCAGCACCAACGGCACCCCCAACAGUAACGCCUACCUCUCAAGUAGCGGCUACUCCAGUGCCUCGCAGGUGAUGCUCAACUCGGACUCUUCUGAAACGGAGCAGUCCGUCCGCGGCGAGCGCCACAAUACGCUCCACAAGUACUCUCCGAGGGGCUCCGUGUCGGACAUGUCUGACGGUUCCUCCCGGGACAGUCCGGAACCGUUGGGCUACAAUAUAAAGAAGGAACCUUCAAGCAUGGAGAUGGUUAGAAUGGAAAGCAAUGGGGGCAGUCGGGUCUACCACGGCAACCACCCGGCUUUGGUGUCCCCUCACCAGCAGACCGUGUCGCUGGCUGAAGAUAACUCAGACUACCAGCAGCCGCAGCAGCAGCAGCAGCAGGGGUACAUGGAAGCCCCCAUCUCCGCGCCCCAAAGCACUUCCUCACAAAGGAGUGUCAUCUUGUAUCGUUCUAGCAGCGGUUGUUACCCCAUGGAGAACCAGAGGUCGAGCGAACAGCAGAUCAGGCCGCAGCACUCCAAGUUCUCUGACUGCUCGGCGACGAUCACGGAGGUCGCGGAGAAGCUCCAGAGGACAAAGACUGUAGACUGUGAGCAGUAUGACUACGCCAGCGAGGAGCUGCAAGAACGCUACAAUAGCCAGCAGCAGCAGCAGCAGCGUGAGAACCAUCACGGACCUUACAGCUACCGGGUUCAGGAGAACAUCCUCGAGCGAGCCGACACCCAGAACCCCUUUGCCCCCAAUCUGAUCCACAGCACCGAGGAGGGCAUGUCGGUGUUCACGCAGCACAACGGCUACCUCAACACACUGGAUGAAGAACCUCCAGUUCUUACCUACGAAGGAGGCCCCAGAGCUGACGACGCCUUCUACCAAGAGAAUUCCUCCACUAAAGACACAUCGUCCAGCGACGGGGACCCUCGGAGCUCCGACAAGGAGGCUUCCACUGACGACGAAUCCCCCUCGUCGUCGUCCUCUGACAUCAGCAGCUACCACCAGAAAGGUUCAGAAGCUGCAGAAUGCCCGACCGAGGUCAAAGGUACAGCACUGCCCCACAAGCUGCGCCUUAAGAACCGAGCGCUGAGCACCAUGGUGACGAAAGCACACAUGGAAGCCGCAUCAAUGUCUCCGUCGCCCACCCUGCCCCAGCACCCUUACCUGGCGCUGCCAAAUAGUGGCCAAGCUAGCAAUGAGAGCCGAGAGACAGAAAAUGAAGCGGAGUACACCGAGGAGGUUAAAGCUCAAUCGGAGGAGACAUUGGAGUCGGAGAAGUCCUCCAUUGGCGGAAGAGGCAGUAAGAGAUGUGUCUAAAAAAAAAAAACAAAACUAAAAACUGGGGGGGGGGUGCUCCAGUUCCAGUUAACAAGUAGUCGACCCUUUUCACUUUCACUUUCAUCAAUUUCCCUUUAUUCUCUCCUACCUCCCACAUACUCCUCCAGUUGAAUCAUUUACUGAAGGAGCGAACACAAAGAAAUAUUUACAUUUUUGGAAUAUUUUUUUUUUUUUGAUUCUGGCCAGCGCUCACAUUUUAAUUGUGGCAUUAUAAGAACAUUUAUUUGACCAAAGAAUAUUCAUUUUUUUUCUUUUAAUACAUAUACCAUUGUUCCUCUGUGUGAACCUCUUCACCUCUCAAGCACUUAGAUUGUAUAUUGUUGUGACAUAUGACGUAUAUAUUUUACAAAGAAAAAGUGGCAAAAACAACACAAAAAAAAAUAAUAAAGUUUUAAAGCACUCAGUUUGUUAUUCAGACAACUCGUAAAAUGCCUCAAAAAUUUCAAAACAACUUUUAUGUUAAAUAAUAACCGACCCCUUUGGCUUCCUGUUUUGGGAAGAUUUAAUCUCAACACUAAAAAAAAAAAAAACAAAA